AUGUCCGAAGCAGAUCUUCUUCAACCAGGAAACAUCGUUCGAGAACGAUGGAAAGUUAAUACUAAAAUUGGUGGUGGUGGCUUUGGUCAGAUCUAUGAAGCCUAUGAUCUUGUUACCAAAGAGAAUGUUGCACUUAAACUUGAAUCAGCAAAACAAGCUAAACAAGUACUUAAAAUGGAAGUCACAGUUUUACGUCGUUUACAAGGAAAAGAUCAUGUAUGCAAAUUUUUGGGUGGUGGAACAAAUGAGUUAUAUAAUUACGUUGUUAUGACUUUGCAAGGAAAAAAUCUAGCUGAAUUACGUCGUAGUCAAACACGACAAUGUUUUAGUUUAUCAACAUCAUUACGUAUUAGUUUACAAAUUCUUCAAGCUAUUGAAUCAAUACAUUCAAUAGGUUUUUUGCAUCGUGAUGUUAAACCAUCAAAUUUUUCCAUGGGACGAUUACCCACAACUUGUCGUAAAGUAUUUAUGUUAGAUUUUGGUUUAGCAAGAAAAUAUACAAAUGCUGAAGGAAGUGUUCGAGCAGCAAGACCACAAGCAGGCUUUCGUGGAACUGUAAGAUAUGCUUCAAUAAAUGCACAUAAAAAUAAGGAAAUGGGUCGACAUGAUGAUUUAUGGAGUUUAUUUUAUAUGCUUAUUGAAUUUAUUACAGGACAACUACCAUGGAGAAGAAUUAAAGAUAAAGAACAAGUUGGACAAAUGAAAGAAAAAUAUGAUCAUACAAAUUUUCUCAAAAGUCUUCCAUCAGAAUUUAAACAAUUUGUUGAACAUGUACAAGAAUUACGCUAUGAAGAUAAACCAGAUUAUGAUUUAUUGCAAAGUUUAUUUCGUACAUCAAUAGCACGACGUGGUUAUAAAGAUUCAGAUUUAUAUGAUUGGGAAAAAGAAACAAAUGGUAUUGAUGAUGAAUCUUUAACACCAAACUCAGGUAUACAUCAUAAUCAACCACAAACACAUACACAACAAGCUGUUUUAACUAGUAUCAAUAAUAAAAUGACAAUGGAUAUGACAAAAGCUGUUAUGACAGCUCAACCAGGUGGUGUAAGUACAACAAUGACUGCACGUCAACAAGCUACAGAUGCAGAUACACUUGAUGAACGUUGGAAACAAUCAUCAAAUGGUGGAGGUGGAGGAAGACAAAGUGGUGCUACAUCUGAUCAUUCACCAUUUUCACCACGUCGUAACAUUCCAAAAAGUCUUGAUCGAAAUUCUCGACGAACAUAUGCAUCAUCACCUACAGGACCUGCUAAUACAACUGCUCAACAAUCAGCAAAUAUGACUGAUAAAGAUCUUUCACUUUCAAAAAAACAAUCACUAUCGCAACAACGAACUCCUCUUACGACUACUCCCAUUGUUGAUAAUAAUAAUAAUAAUAGCAAUAGCAAUAAAGAUGCAUGGAAAACAGUUGUUGGUACAACAGCACCUCUAUCUGAAUUAUCUCAACGUUUAAGACGAACAACAGGAACAUCUAAAUCUAAUACUAUUGAACCAUUAACACCAACAAGUAAAUUUCCUACUGGAAAAUCCACAGGUAAAGAAGAUUCACCAGCAAGUGUCUCAUAUUCUGAUUCGGGUAAACCAAGAACUGGUAAUGCUCUAUCACAACUUAAUCGUUCUCAUCAAAUGAAAAGUACCGAACGUCUUAAUGAAUAUCAACAAAUACCACAAAAUGGUUCAUCAUUAUUAGGAAAUAUAGAUGAUACACCAUCACCAGGAACAAAUCAAAUUGCUAAUGUUAUGUAUACAUCUGUCGGUGGUACAGAACAUGGUAAACCACCAAAAACACCACGUUCUACUCGAACAACAAAUAGUCGUAGUGAUGCUGUCGGACCUCCAAGACCACCAACAGCACGUGGUGGUGAUAGUGAAGCUGUUUCUAUACCAGCUGCAACAUAUGCAAUGAAACUUGGACCUCAAACAAUUAUAUCACAAUGGAUGAUAUCAUUAGAUGAUAAUCUUGAUGAUGAAGGUAGUGAUAAUCAACAUAGUGCGAAAUGGGAAGAUGCACAAGAAAAAUUGCAAAGUACAGCACAAGAUCCAUCUCAAUAUCAUGCAGCUCAAGUUCCACCAUCAUCAUUAUUACCUACAGCGAAUAUUGUAUCCUCAUCAUCACCACCUCCAUCAUCAUCACCUCCUGUGAAUAAUCCUCUUUCUCCGUCUACAAUGAACAGUCAACAACUACCACAUACAACAACUUCAACGAUGCCUACCAAUAAUAUUCAACAAAUACCAUCAUCACCAUCAUCGACUCCUAUAGCCUAUGCUACUAUGUUGAACAGUAACGGUUCGGGUUUAAGCAUGGUAACAAAUAACAAUGUAUUAACAACAACUACAACAAGCAUUAUUAAUGGUGGUCGUCAACAACAAUAUCAUCGGCCAUUGUUAAGACCUGAUGAAAUUUCAAACACUGGCACAUUGAACAGUUAUGAUGGCAAAGAAAAUAAACAAAAAGAAUCAGUUGUCCGUCCAAAUGAACAACCAUUAUCAGAAAGUCUUCCAUAUGAAAACUACCGAACUACAACUAUUCCUACAUCCACAUCUCGUCCAACAACUACAACAACACAUGAUGGUACAACAAAUUUAUAUCCUCAUCCUUCACAAAAUACAAUAUCAACUCGUAAUAAUAAUAAUAAUAAUACUAAUUCGGCCGGUGCUAAUCGAUUGUCAGAUGAUGAAUAUGAACGCGAAGAAGUUGAAGGUGAUGAAGAACGUGAUAAUGAACAUGAAGAUGAUGAUAAUGAUGUUGAAAAACGACUACAACGAUUAACAAGAAAAGAAAAUGGACAAACAUAUUCUCAAACAAGUAUGCUCCCUACUAUAAUGGCUGAUAAUUUUUCUAGAAAUAAUAUACCUUCAUCUUCAUUUGUUGAUACUUCUGUGCGACCUAGCCCUAGUUCUUCAACAAUAUUGAUGAUGAUGAAAGGAGGAAAUGGAAAUUCAGGAUCAGGAAGUAAUUUAGGAAAUACUCAACAACAAUCUCAACAAGUAAGAAAUGGAAAAACAGUUUAUGAAUCUCGUAAUAAUGGUGCAUCAUCGUCUGCACGACCUGCAUCAUCUGUAUCAACAAGUUCUUCAUCUUCAUCACAUGUUGAUGAAUAUCAACAGCAACAACAACAGCAACAACAACAACAACGACAGCAACAGCAACAACAGCAGCAACAACAACAACAACAGCAUCAUCAUCAUAUAAGACCUCGAGGAUAUAAUUUUGUUCCAGCACCAUUCAAUGGAACACGUUUAAUAGCUAAAUCAACUGAGCAACUAAAUCGUUCGUUUGCUAAUGAUAGUCUAGUUAAAUAUUGUACACCACCAAGUACUCCACAUACAUCAAUAUUUCAAGUAACAACUAAAGAUAAUUCUCCAACAUCAAUUCUUAAACAAAAUUAUCAACAAAAAUAUAGUCAACCAUCAUCAUCAACCAUACAAAGUUCAAAUAAUAAUGAAGAUGAAGGUAGUGCUAAUGAAAAUCUGGAAGAAUCAAAAAGUGAUCCACAACGUUUUUCAAAUGGUAAUCGUAUAUCAUCAUCAUUUGAAACUCAUCGUGGUGAUGAUUUUUAUAAAAAACUAAUGUUUUAUGAAAAAAAUUCAUCAACAAAUAAUAAUAAUAAUGGCAAUGGUUUUCAUCAACCAAUAAAUUCUCCUCGUCGAACAUCAUUUCAACAAUCAUCAUUAAAUCCGUCCACAAAUAAAACAUCGAAUAAUUUUCUUAAUCGACAAGCACAACAAACACCAUCAAGACCAAAUUUUUCUGCGGCGACACCAUUUAAUAAACAAUCAACAACUACAAAUAAUCUAGUGGAUAGAAUGCAACGUAGUAAAUCUUAUAAAGAUUUAUUUGAACCACCAUCAGCUUCAUCAGCUAACGUUCAUCAUAUAUAUUAUCAACAAACAUCCGGAAAUCGAUCAGGUCAAAAUUUAAAUCCGUCCUCAGUCGUAACAUCAAAUACUACUACUAAUCUUUAUCCUUAUUAUUCAUCAUCAUUCUAUUAUCAGAAUAAUAAUAAUGGUACAAAUUCAAAUAAUUCAACUUCAAUUGUUGGUAGUAUGUUUGGUAAUUCAACUAGUAAUGGAAAUCUUGACCAACAUGCUCAUUUAAGUGGAUCAACAGAUUUUCAACGACGUGCACAGCCAUUACAACAUGCAACAUCUACGAGUAAUUUAUUACUUGAUGAUGUAUCGAGUUCAUCAACUGUCAGUCAUUUGCCAAAACCACCUCCUGGUAUACCUAAUCAGAAUGCGAGACGUCGUCGUUACAAAAUGGAUAAUUUAAGCAGUCGACAAAAAGACAAUAAUAGUCGUGAAGGUUCAUUAGAACGUUCACCUAUAACUUAA